AUGCAAAAAUAUGACAAGUUGGAGAAGAUCGGCGAAGGUACUUACGGCACAGUGUUCAAAGCUCGUAAUAAGGAGGGUGGUGAAGUCGUUGCGUUGAAAAGGGUUCGACUCGACGACGAUGAUGAGGGUGUACCAAGUUCUGCGUUACGCGAAGUCUGUAUUCUGAGAGAGUUGAAACAUCGAAACGUCGUUCGAUUAUAUGAUGUGAUUUAUUCGGAAAGCAAGUUGACAUUGGUUUUCGAAUAUUGUGAUCAAGACCUCAAGAAGUUUUUCGAUUCACUUAAUGGUCAUAUUGAUCAGCAGAUGGCGAAAUCGUUGAUGCUGCAGUUAUUACGCGGAUUAGCGUUUUGUCACGCGCAUCACGUCCUUCAUCGUGACCUCAAGCCACAAAAUCUGCUCAUCAAUUCGAAUGGCCAGUUGAAACUGGCUGACUUUGGCCUUGCUCGAGCGUUCGGGGUUCCUGUUAGAUGUUAUAGUGCAGAGGUAGUAACUUUAUGGUAUCGACCGCCUGAUGUAUUGUUUGGAGCGAAAUUGUAUAAUACUUCUAUAGAUAUGUGGUCGGCUGGAUGUAUUUUUGCUGAAAUCUCAAACGCUGGUCGACCACUUUUCCCUGGCGCAGACGUGGACGAUCAACUGAAGAGGAUAUUCAAACAGCUGGGGACACCUACGGAUGAUACUUGGCCUGGGCUAUCUCAGUUGCCCGAUUUCAAGCCUAUGCCAUUAUACCAUCCAGCAAUGACAUGGGGUCAAGUAGUGCCUAAUAUGUCCGCAAGUGGACGCGACCUUCUCCAGAGGCUGCUUGUCUGUAAUCCGAAUGGUCGUCUAGAUGCUGAAGGUGCGCUUCAACAUGCGUACUUCUCUGACUUCACCGAUGUUUAA